AUGGUGGCUUCCAAGAAGGUAAACUAUGAAGAAUCUCGGAUGAAAAGGUUGGAAGAAAACAAGAAAAGAAUGGAAGAAUUGAAACUCACUGCUCUAGCUCAAUCUCUUCGAACCACCUUAAGCCCAAAGCCCUCUCCUAUGAAGAAGGUGAAGCGGACACCUAGACAGCCGCUGGACCUGUCUGCCGUGAGGAGGUCCAAUCGUGUCGCCGACAAGCCACCAGCAAGUUACAAAGAAGUCCCCAUCGAACCUUUGGGAAGGCGUAGGAGUUACGGUAAAAGUGCAAGGGAUUUAUCAAAUCGAGUAUAUGCCUCUCAUGAAGAUAGAGAGUACACUUCAGGGAGAGCAGAAGAACUACACUCCACCUUGGAAGCUGAUUUCCCAAGCUUUGUAAAGCCAAUGCUUCAAUCCCAUGUUUCAGGUGGAUUUUGGCUGGGUCUUCCUGUCCAUUUCUGCAAGAGCCACCUUCCCAAACGUGACGAAAUAAUGACCCUAGUUGAUGAGGAUGGCGAUGAAUGGCAAACAAAGUACCUCCCUAGGAAAACAGGACUUAGUGGCGGAUGGAAAGGGUUUGCUGAAGAUCAUAAGCUAGUCGAUGGCGAUGCACUAGUUUUCCAACUUAUCAAACUAACUGUUUUCAAGGUUUACAUUAUUAGAGUGAAUCAAGCUGAAGAUGGUGAUGAGUCUCGAUAAGCCACAACAGCUAGAUAAUAGCAUGAUUUUGCUGAUCAGGUACACGCUACCGAUGCCUACUAGCGUAGGCAUUUUCAUUUUAACGAGUUUUUUGGCCAUUCUAUUAGCUUACAAGUAAUCAUGGAACCAAAUGUGUCAUACUGAACGAAUCGGCAAGCACUUAUAUCGUGCAGGAGUCGUAGAAAUCGAUAGAUAUACGUCUCGUUGUGGCGCCUGGAUACGAAUCAUUUUCGUGAUGAUUUGUUUGUCUUUGAUCCAGAAAUUGUAUCACUAACACUAA